AGCUUCGCAAUAGCGUCCUUUAAAGCAGCCGCCAGCCAGCGCCGCUCUAACCUCACACACGGGCUGGUGGCAAGUUCCUGUCCCUUAAAUCCCCGCCUGCCGCCCCUCGUAUGUAUCCAGAGGGGAAGUCCCUGGUCCGGGAAUCUCCCGCCGGCUGCAGGGCAGAAUCCCAGCGACCUUGGAGGAGCACGUGGACCAACGGCAGUGACAGGGGCAGCAGCGACAGGAUGGAAGAUACACAGUCAAGCAUGGAGCUGAGGAAUUUACAGGAGUCGACUGGGUCCGCAGAAGGUCCUGAAAUUUUGACUGACUGCAAUUCAGCCAAACUUCAGGAGGUGGAAAAUACGGAUAGUGGAGAAGAAACGAAAGACCAGACUCCCCCAAAUGAAGAUGAAGAUACAGGAGAUGAUUCAAUGAAAGUGAAAGAUGAAUACAGUGAAAGGGAUGAGAAUACUUUAAAACCAGAGCCCAUGGAAAACGUAGAAGAGCCCGAAUUACCUUACAGCUAUGCAAGAGACUAUAAUGAAUACGAAAGCAUUAAGUUGGAGAGACAUGCUGUCUCUUAUGACAACAGCAGGCCAACUAGUGGAAAGAUGAACUGUGAUGUGUGUGGAUUAGCCUGCAUUAGCCUCAAUGUUUUGAUGGUUCAUAAGAGAAGCCACACUGGUGAACGCCCAUUCCAGUGUAAUCAGUGUGGGGCAUCCUUUACUCAGAAAGGUAACCUCCUCCGCCACAUUAAACUGCACACAGGGGAAAAACCUUUUAAGUGUCAUCUCUGCAACUACGCGUGCCAAAGGAGAGAUGCACUCACAGGUCACCUUAGGACACAUUCUGUUGAGAAGCCGUACAAGUGUGAGUUCUGCGGACGGAGUUACAAGCAGAGGAGCUCCCUCGAGGAGCACAAGGAGCGCUGUCGAACGUUCCUGCAAAGCACUGGCAUGUGUGACACCGCGAGCGUGGAGGCAAGACAUAUCAAAGCAGAGAUGGGAACCGAAAGAGCUCUCGUCCUGGACAGAUUAGCAAGCAACGUGGCAAAACGAAAAAGCUCGAUGCCUCAGAAGUUUAUUGGUGAGAAGCGCCACUGCUUCGACGUCAACUACAAUUCCGGCUACAUAUACGAGAAGGAGAGCGAGAUGAUCCAGACGCGGAUGAUGGACCAGGCCAUCAACAAUGCCAUCAGCUACCUGGGGGCAGAAGCCCUCCGCCCCCUGGUCCAAACCCCUCCGGCCCCCACCUCGGAGAUGGUCCCGGUCAUCAGCAGCAUGUACCCCAUCGCACUGACCCGCUCCGAAAUACCCAACGGCACCCCGCCGGACUUGGAGAAGAAGAGCAUCCACCUGCCGGAAAAGAACCUGUCUUCCGAAAGAGGCCUCUCCCCCAACAACAGCGGUCCCGACUCCACGGACACCGACAGCAACCACGAGGAGCGCCAGAACCUGGCCUUCCAACAGAACCACCUGCUCGCCUCCCGGGCCCGCAACGGGCUGCAGCCCCUCAAGGAGCUUCCCCGCUCCUACGAGCUCCUCAAGCCCCCGCCCAUCUGCCCCCGGGACGCCUUCAAGGUGAUCAACAAGGACGGGGAGGUGAUAGGCGUUUACAGGUGCGACCACUGCCGGGUCCUCUUCCUGGAUUACGUGAUGUUCACCAUCCACAUGGGUUGCCACGGCUUCCGCGACCCCUUCGAGUGUAACAUGUGCGGGUACCGAAGCCACGACCGGUACGAGUUCUCUUCUCACAUAGCCCGGGGAGAGCACAGAGCCAUGCUGAAGUAACCCGCCCACUCUUGCCCACAGACCUGCGGGUCUCUCCCAAGAAGCCAUCGCUUUUUUGUUUUUUAUAAAGACUCAUCCCGAUUUAAGCGCUUCCCGAAAAUGAAUGAUUUCCUCCCCAAUUCUGAUUCAUGAAGUGUCCUCCCUCUACCCUGGCCACCUCGAGCGGAAGAACUGUGUUCUCAUUCCAAGGUGGAUGGGCUCCUGAGGGGACAUCUUGUAGCAUUUUUGGUAUUCCUUUUUAAUCUCAGGGACCCUGAUUUUAUGUGACUCCGUUGACCAAAGAUUUUCCUCGAACCCUAUGAACUUUUCUUGGCGUCUGGGUUGGGAAAUGUGUUACCAAAGAGAGCAAACUGCCGUCCGUGCCUCGUUUCUCAGUGCCCCCUCCCACCCCCAUGAGGGGAGGCCUUUGGUCGAGCUCACCAGACUGAGGACAAGAGCCGACCUCACUGGCAGGAUGCCUGCCUCAUCCGCACCGACCCCGGAGGGGUCAAGCGCUGCGGUGGGAUCCCUCUGCCAGCUGGUCCUCCUUGGGGUCCGAAGUCCCGGGAGGCAGUGGAAGGGAAAGUGAAGUGAUGGGCAGGCGAUCCUUCUGACGGUCUGAAGUCCCGCUCGCCCUGCUCCCCUAAGGAAUCCAGCCCUCUGCAUUCCAACACUGCCUCCGGUUUGUCCCACUGCUUCCCUCCUCCCCACUUUCAUCUCCACUUAAAAGCUGCUUUGGGGAGACAAGUCACAGGAGGGGCUGGGGAGGAGGCAGGGGGAUUGGGGGAGGAUUCAGUCUGAGGCUUCGAGACAUCCAUCCGAAGUUUCCAAAAAGAGAACUGAGAUCACUGAAAUCCAGCAAGACGGCCAUCUGAGGAUGAGCGCCUCCAUUUCCUCUCGAAGGGGACGAACAGAGUGGAGGACCGCACUGUGACUGAGGCAGCAGGGAAACAGCCGCCGCCACCGUCUCCGGGAGGGCCGGGGGGGGGGGGGGGUGUCCUGUGUGUCCUCCCCCCACUCCCACCCCCUCCAGGAGGAUUAGGAAGAGCAGAGCUGGACCGGGAAGCCAGGCCGGGCCAGAGAGUAUUUUGGAAUCCAAAGACCCGUCGCCCCCACCCUCGAGGCAGGAAACCGCUUCCUGGGGGUCUCAGGGAUUGACGGCCACCUGGGAUAGUCUUCCAACCAGGACCGGUAAGUGCCCUCAGGGAAUUCCGGCUCCAGUGUCUCACGGUGGUGGCGGAAUGCCCCCUUCUGGUGUCCUGGUUGUUCUGGCCAGAUGACUAAUUCCCAUUUCCACGAAGCCGGCCUUUUUCUAAGUAGCCUCCCUCGUGUCUGAUCUUGGUUCAACAGGUGUAUUAGUCACAGGGCUGAAGAUGGAGCUCGAUAAUCCUCCGUCUGACUCUAGGUUCCUUUGAAGUCUUUCAGCCUGACGGCGUUCAACUGGUGAAAAUAGAUUUUUUGGGGUUUGUUUUGUACGAUCAUUUCAUAUGAAAUAUGUAUAGUGGACUCCAGCCUCUCCCGCAUCUUCCCUGGAGCGUGAAUGAGCCGGUGUCACGGAGGAGAGGGAAAAGGGAAGGUGUUCUGUUUUUGCGUCAAAGUGCCAAGAAAUAUUUUUGAAAGGGAAUUGUGCAGAGGGGAAUGGGAUUCUGCUUCCAGGACCAUUUUUUGUGCAGUCUGUUUACAAACGCGAGCGUGCUUCGAGCACAUUCCGGGGACAUUUUUUUACAAACAAGAGGAAGCUUCAUGAACAGUUCUGCUGGUGCCAAGAAUCACAAAUUCCUGGUGGAUUAGGGCUGGAUGUAUCUGCCUCGAUCUUUCUAAAGGGCUUACUGCAAUAGGCUCCGACUCCUCGAAUUUAGCUCCUGACAAGAAUGAAAACAACCCACAACCCAGAGAAUAAAUCCUACCUCCUACCUCA